CAAAUCGUUGCCACAAUCGAUAAACUGAACACAACAGUCUCUGGGGAACACACUAUUGCGGUUUGCCAAAUUGCCGCACACGUGCCGAGAUUUUGUGAUAUUUUUACUAAAUUAUUUUACUUUGCAGUGUUUCGAGAGCGUCGCGAAGCGUCUUCAUUACGCAAAUAUUGUUUAUCAACAUCUACAUCAUCAAUUUCGCACUGUAAGCAUCGUUAAUGGCAAUGGUAUCCGAAGCGAAGGUAAACGGUGGCGAGAUGGAGGCGAACACCGAGGUCCUGCCAGCCCUGGCGGAGAAGCCCGCAGGGUUGCCACCCGGCAAAUACUCGCUCGUGGGUUGGGACAUGGAUACUACCGGAAGACGGUUGAUUGAUGAGAUAUGCCAGAUAGCAGCGUAUACCCCGAAGCAGUCGUAUUCUCAGUACAUAAUGCCGUACGGGGACUUGAACCCGAGCGCGCGUCGGAGACACAACGUGCGCGUCGUCACCGUCGGACGCUAUCGGAUGCUCAAGGACACUAAUACUCAUAAGAUACUAAAGACAAAGUCGGAGAUAUCCGCUUUGACAGACUUCCUGGACUGGUUGGAGAAGGAGAAGGGAGACGGCAGCGUGAUCCUCAUAUACCACGAGCCCAAACGGUUCAGUCCCACCAUGCUACUAGAGGCUCUUACCAGGCACAAGUUGUUGGACCGUUUCAAGUCGAUAGUGGCCGGCUUCACGGACAGCUACGCGCUCGCGGCGGACAAGUGCAAGGCGACGGUGAAGUCCAUGUCACUGCGGGUGCUGGCCCGCGUGCUGCUCGACGCGGACUCGCUGGCCGUGGACAGCGCGCUGGAGCGGGCCGCGGCCGCCUACAGGAUCGUGGAGCAUCUUGCGCAAGGCGAGCAGCAAGAGGUGGGCGCUGGCGGUGAAGGUUUAUCGGCAAGUAAAGACAUGGUGGAGACCGCACGAGUGUGGGCGCGGCCUGUUCACACUGAGCUGGAGGCGUUGGCCAACCUUAAGAAAAUACUCGAAAGACAGAACACGUUCCGUCCUGUGUUCGCGCCGUUGCUGCGGUCGGCGCGGCCGGAGCGCAAGCGCGUGACGGCGCUGCGGCGUCUGCUCGCCGACGCGGGCCUGCUCUACGACCAGCUCAAGGAUGCCUGGCAGGAACAGAAGCUCACAGGCCUCGAAAAACAGUUGGCAGCAUUAUCAGUAUCCGCGAAAGAGGAGGAUAUAAAGGAACUGAUCGAGAUAUUUGACUGCCACUUUGACCCCACUAAAGAGGCGAAAGGCCCGCGGCCAAGGACACCGCGCGUCAAUAGGCCACGGUCCAUUAACGAAACAAAUGAGGCAGAGGGCAGCACCAGCGAGUCGCACAACAGUUCACCACAAAACUCACCCAAUAAGACUAAUGAUGUGGCAGCAGGAGAUACUAGUCAAAAAGUGGCCGCGCCCGAACCGGUAGCGGCUAACUAACAGCGUUCACAAAGCUUAGACUUUUCUACCACAUAACUAUCGUUUAGUUAAAGCCAUAGGGAUGUGACCAGAUACAUUUAUUCGUAUUAUAAAACGUAGGUUAAGUCUCCUUUGGAAUUGAACAUUUGUUUUGCAUGCAUCGGUGAACGAGAUAAGUUUUUUGUUUACAUUACGAGCCGACGGCCCACAUGUUAAUCGUUUCAUUUUGCUUUACGCAUUUUAUACAUAGUGGAUAAAUGUAGAUGAGUGCCUUAGCAACUCAGUGUAAUAAGAUAAACAUUUUUGUAUUGUCAUAAUAUUUGAGUCAAAGGUGUGCGGCAACUUAUUUGUUGCGGCUGCAAUAUUUAUAUGACCGCGUUUAAGCGGCGGUUGCAAUUAUGUUGUUUACUAAAUGUACGUUAGUUGUUGAUCGCGUUUGGCGAUUGGUAUUUUUUCAUUUACAAAGUGCUUGUAAGGAAGCGAUAUUUAUUUACGGCGUUGCGCGGCAAUGUCUUUUUAUUUAUGUUAUUUAUUAGUACGUGUGCAAUCACAGAAGCGGAUGGACUGAUACAAACAUCCGGUAUUUAAAAAGAAUAUAUUUUAUUUUUUAUCUUGUUCCACUUGUGUUGUCAUUUUUAUGCUACGUUUCGCGCUAUAACAUUUUGCUGACUGUAUUUUUUUUCUACCAUAGAGGAUAUUUCAUUUUAUUUUUACCAUAAAUAAGCUAUGUAAUAAAAACAGUGUGUACCUUUUAACUUACCUCUAAUUUAGUUAGUUUUAACAUAGACUGUACAUAUAAUUUAAUUUCUUAUUUUGUUCAGAUCUCUAAUAAAUAUGUAAGUCUAUA